AUGCCUCAUAUGUCCUACAAGGAAUACCUUACCGCGAAUUCUGAUGAUAGUAAAGUGUUUAGAAAAGAGACUGAAAUACCAGUAGAGUUUGACAAGCGCAAUGAGUUCUUUAUAGACCCAAAGUCUCGGAAGUAUGAUAAGCAAUAUUUUUCAAUGUACCAAUAUCGACUAUCACACUUGAAGGAGCGGGUGAUUUCCAACGCGAUGGAGAAAUGGGGCAACUGCACACGAGAAAUUGAUGGGCAAAAGAUAGUGAAGCAAGAUAAGAUUCUUGAUAUCCAGAGCGGGAAGCUUUGUUGGGUUGUAGGGACUGUAUUUUGUGAUGCUAAAUAUAAAUUGAAUAUCUUGAGUGACGUUGAGAAAGGUACUGAUGAUAUUUUACCGCUAGUGCCAGCGAGGUAUGUAAGUGAUGAAGACCAGCCAAUAGUGAUGUUGGAAGAUGAGUCUGGGCGUGCCGUUUUGCAUAACGAAGAAUUUUUGAAGAAGAAUUUAUUAGUUACUGGGUGUAUUGUUGGAGUGCUAGGGAUUGAAAUUCAAGCGGGUAUUUUUGAGAUAAUGGAUGUUGUUUAUCCCAAGUGUGCUCCACAGAAGCCUCUCAAGACCCACGGCAAUGGCAAUGUGAGUGGCGAUGUUGAUGUUGAUGUUGGGGCGGGAAGAGUAGCGAUAGUCUCUGGUUUGAAUAUUGGCGUUGCCGGAAAUUACGAUUUAAAAAUUGAAUUACUCAAGCAGUAUCUCAUUGGAGAGCUUGGAGCCGAUGUGGAUAAAUCGUUUAGCUCUGAGAUAUCCCAGCUAGUUGUAGCGGGGAAUUCUAUAGAACCGAUUCGCGAUAUCACUGCCGAGGAAGAUCUUAAGAACUUUGUAACUACAAACAACUAUGGGUCAAAAAAUAUCACAAAGUACACCACUGAGUCAUUGAAGCAACUAGAUCAGUUUAUCAGUGAAGUUGUUGUCAGUCUUCCUGUGGCUAUUAUGCCCGGAGACCAUGAUCCUGCUGAGAUCAGUCUACCUCAGCAACCGUUGCACAAAUCCAUAUUCAAUACAAAUCGAGCAAUUUUGGGAAGUGACAGGUUGCAAAGGCUUACGAAUCCUGUUUGGCUUGAGAUGAAUGGUGUGAGAAUACUAGGCACUAGCGGUCAGAACGUUGAUGAUGUGAAAAAGUAUAUAACAACAGAAGCAGGUGCCGAGUCCUCUUUGUCAAUGAGAGUAAUGAAGUCAAGUAUGAAAUGGCAAAAUUUUGUACCAACAGCUCCCGAUACAUUAUACUGCUACCCAUAUGAUGAUUAUGACCCGUUUAUUUUUACCAGUGAGUUACCUCAUGUGUAUUUUGUUGGGAACCAAGACAAAUAUGCUAUUGAUACAUAUACUUGUGAAGAUUCAGGAGCAAAAGUAAGAUUGAUUAGCGUUCCAGAUUUUAAAAGUAGUGGUGAAUUUGUCAUUUUAAAUGUAGGGACGUUGGAAACGGAGGUGGUGAAGAUCAAAGUGUGA